AACCCCUUCUUUUUUUCCCUUCUCUUCUUUCUUCUUCAAGGUAGCCUCCAAAGCAAAAAACGAAAGAAGCUAAUCUGUUGUCUGGUCAUAACUUCACAAGAAGCUAUAGCUUGUCCUUAAUGUUGGCUUCUUCUUGUCACUUUCUUCGUUUCUUUUUCCUCUGAAACAGUAAAAAAGAACCGUUAAAUCUAUAACAGAUUAAGAAGAAGAAGAAAUUGGCAACUGCAAAAGCAGAGUGUAUGAAAGAUUGUGAAAGUUGGUUUAUUUAGUUAUCCUUUUUGAGAUAAGAGUUGAGAAGAAGAAGAUGUCUGCAAAACUUCUGUACAAUUUGUCAGAUGAGAAUCCAAAUCUGAAUAAACAGUUUGGAUGCAUGAAUGGGAUCCUUCAAGUGUUUUACCGGCAACAUUAUCCGGCGAGACCAGUCUCCGGUGAUGUAGAAAAGUCUCUGCCUCCAGGAGAAAGAAAAGAUAUUGUCGGUGAAAUUAACAUGGAAAGUGAAAGAGAAACUGAGAGGAGUACCAAGAAGAAGAAGAAUAAGGAUAAGCAUAGAGUCUCUUCAGAAUCCUCUUCCAGGCCUUCCUUUUCGUCUUCUCCACGCUCCUCGAGCUUCUCAUCUGCAGAAGUCAGCACCGCAGCUUCUCAAUUCGAUCAGCCUGGUGAGAAUCUGACCAGAGAACAGCUCAAUGUUGCACCGAUGAUGCCCUUUGAUAUAAAGGAGCUUGUGAAAGGCUCUAUUAAUAGAGAAAUGAAAACCAGACGUGAAGAAACAGCGGCCUUCACUCAGCAGCAACAGCCAAAUUCAGGUAGAACUAGCGUGUUGCUUCCCAAAGAAGCAUCAACGCGAUUGAGUUCUAGUGAAUGGAAUGAAGGUAGAGAGAUGGCUGCUAAGUUCAGAGAGAGUCCUCGGUUUUCGUAUGAUGAGAGGGAGAUGAGAAACAAUGGAUACAAGACAGUCUCCAAGUUGCAAGAGACACCUAGGUUGUCGUUGGAUAGUAGAGGAACCCGUAACAACGAGUCACAUGAGGAACCGGUAACAAUGAGUCACAGGAGAUCAAAUUCAAGUGUGGUUGCUAAACUGAUGGGACUUGAAGUCAUUGCAGACAACUUCCAUACCGAGCAGAGAAACGAGAACCGGUUCUGCGACUCCCCAAGGCCAAUGUCCCGAGUAGAAGAACCAACAUCUCUACAGAGAUCUAGAAGCGUUGGCUCGAUCAAGAAGAUACCUGCUUCUAAGUUUCCAUUGGAACCAGCUCCAUGGAAGCAAAUGAAAGCAGGAGACUCUGCACUGACCGUUUAUGGCGAGAUUCAGAAGAGGCUUACGCAGUUGGAGUUCAAAAAGGCGGGAAAAGAUCUCAGAGCUCUUAAGCAAAUACUCGAGUCUAUGGAAAAGACGCAGCAGUUGAUGGACGGAAACAAAGAUAGCACAACUCUUACGCGGAGCACUCACCAGCCAGUUCCAGCUGCAACAAGUCCAGCCAUGAACUUCAAACCUUCAUCUAUCGUUGUAACGAAACCAGCGGCUCCAGUUUCCACUUCACUGCCAAAUGUCAACGUUGGUAACCCAAGACACAUUCGAAGAGUCACCUCGGGGAAGCAGAACGCAAUGGAUUUAACCCCAAGGCCAGGCCUUUACAAGGGCCAGCUAGAUUCGACCAAGAGCACUAGCCCAAAAACUUUCAGGUCCAGGCAAGCUUUGGUGGCGGAUUCUUGCUCAAUGAACAAGUCAGGUAGGAGCCGACAGCAAAGCGUUAGCCCAAGAAGGCAGCCCAAAAAGCUCGGGUCUGAGAGGCAGUCGCCACCCACUACUCCAAAAGCAGAGCCAGGCAAGAUUCAAAGGCAGCUAGGUAGACAGCAAAAGGAGUCAGCCUCACCGAGAAGGAAACCGGAGAUAAAACCUCGCACUACUCUUGUUCAGCAAACUGAUGAACGAUUAAGCCAUGAGAGCAGUUACUUGAGAAGUUUAAGAAGUGAUAGCAACAUAAGCCUGAGAUCAAAUGUUGACAUCGAGGUUACAAGCAGACGCCAAGGGGAGAGAAACUGUGACUUCCCAGAGCUGCAACCCCCUAAAGACAAGAGUCCAGACUUUGGAAUCAAACAAGAGAGGCCAUCUCUUAAACCUCUGAAAGUUACCGUUGAACAACCUAGCCCUGUUUCAGUUCUUGAUGCAGCCUUCGACGAAGAGGAUUCACCCUCUCCUGUGAGGAAGAUAUCACUUAGUUUUAAAGAGGACGAUGCUCUACGUUCUGAAGAAUCUGUGUGGAUAAAGAAGCCUGCGAGCGUCUGCAGAUCGAUAAUAUUGCCUGAGAAUAACCGGAAUCCAACGCAGCCAGAGUCUGAUCUCCUCAAAUGCUUCUCUGAAGAAGAUGCAAGCUUCACAAGCAGCGACCACAGGUACAUCUCGGAGAUAUUGUUGGCAUCAGGACUUCUAAGAGAUCUUGAAUACAGCAUGAUAAGCAUUCAGCUGAACAAAGCACGUCUCCCCAUCAACCCAGGACUCUUCUUCAUCCUGGAACAGAACAAGGCCAGCAAUAUGAUGACUCAACUAGCCAGCAAACACAAAGGCAGAGGAUUAAGACAGCAGCAGACAAAUCCAACAGAGAUAGUCAGGAGAAAACUCAUCUUCGAUACCGUUAAUGAAAUCCUAGCUCAGAGGUUCACUGCUGAAGGCUGUACCAAACCACGGUUAACCGCAAAUCCAAUUACAACAAUGGAGAAAAUAUCAAAAGGGGAGCAACUUCUGGAGACUCUGUGUUUGGAGAUUGAUAGGUUACAAGAGAACAACUCACAGUGUAUCUUGGAUGACGAGGAAGACAUCAUAUGGAAGGACCUGCAAUGUCAAAGCAUGAACUUGAAGGAGUUUGAAGGUGAGACUCCAGGGAUAGUGUUAGAUAUUGAGAGGAUGAUUUUCAGAGACUUGAUUAAUGAAGUUUGCUUCUGUUAAUUUUUAUGGGUAUCACUUAGAAUUGUAAAUGAAGGAACCUUACAGAGGAAGAGAACCUUUGGUUCUGGGUUUUCAACCCUUUUGCCUCUUCUCUUCCUGCUUGUUUGUGUAACCAGCAUAUGUAUAGGUAUAAUUAAUAAAUAACAAGAGCUAAGAGCAUAUGAA